CCAGCCCCGGCCCGAGGCCUCGGCCCGCGCCCCCUGGCUCGCCGCUCCCCGGCCCCGCGGGCCCCGGCUCGGCCGCGCAGCAUGCAGCAGCAACACCCGCGGCGGCGGCGACGGCGGCGGCUCUGAGAUGGUGGACGCGGGCGGCUGCCCGGCCGGGGAGGGCUGGAGGAGGAUGGAGGCCGCGCCCGACGGCGCCGUGGACAUCGUGCCGCUGGACCGCUACGACCCGGCGCGGGCCAAGAUCGCCGCCAACCUGCAGUGGAUCUGCGCCAAGGCCUAUGGCCGAGAUGACAUCCCGGAGGACCUCAGGGACCCCUUCUACGUCGACCAGUACGAGCAGGAGCACAUCAAGCCUCCGGUCAUCAAGCUCCUGCUGUCCAGCGAGCUGUACUGCCGCGUCUGCAGCCUCAUCCUCAGAGGGGACCAGGUGGCCGCUCUGCAGGGGCACCAGUCUGUCGUCCAGGCCCUGUCCCGGAGAGGGAUUUACGUGAUGGAGGGCGACGACACGCCCGUGACGGAGCCCGAGCUCAGCCGCGCGCCCAUAAAGAUGAGCGCCCACAUGGCGAUGGUGGACGCGCUCAUGAUGGCCUACACCGUGGAGAUGAUCAGCAUUGAGAAGGUGGUGGCCAGCGUCCAGCGCUUCUCCACGUUCAGUGCCUCGAAAGAGCUUCCCUACGACCUUGAGGACGCCAUGGUCUUCUGGGUCAACAAGGUAAAUCUUAAAAUGAGAGAGAUAACAGAGAAAGAAGUUAAGUUAAAACAGCAGUUAUUGGAAAGUCCAGCUCAUCAAAAGUCUCCCUCCAAGUGGUACUGGAAGUUAGUGCCUGUGCGCUACCGCCGAGAGCACCUGUCAACGAGGCAGCCGCCCUACUUCCCGCUGUUGGAGGACCUGAUGCGGGACGGCAGCCACGGGGCUGCUCUCUUGGCCGUGGUCCACUACUACUGCCCGGAGCAGAUGAAGCUGGACGAUAUAUGCUUGAAAGAGGUAACGUCGGUGGCGGACAGUCUGUAUAAUAUUCGGCUUCUGAGAGAAUUCUCAAAUGAAUAUCUUAACAAGUGCUUUUAUCUCACUCUAGAAGAUAUGCUGUAUGCUCCCUUAGUGUUGAAGCCAAACGUUAUGGUUUUUAUUGCCGAGCUCUUCUGGUGGUUUGAGAAUGUCAAACCAGACUUUGUUCAGCCCAGGGAUGUUCAGGAGCUGAAAGAUGCUAAAUCAGUAUCGCACCCCAGAAGCACUCGGCCUCCUGUUCCCAUCUCCAACGCCACCAAGCGCAGCUUCCUGGGCAGCCCCGCGGCGGCGAGCCCAGCCGAUUCACAGCCCCCCACCCAGCUGCACCACCUGCACCUCGAAGAGCCUGAGCUCCUGGGGAAAGGGCCCUCUGCCUUUAGCCCAUCGCAUCCGUUGUUGCCACUGAGACAGAAACAGCAAAAGACAGUGCAGGGAGAGGACCCCCCUGACCAGCGACACCGAUCUAAUUCCUUAACCCGAGUCGACGGUCAGCCCCGAGGAGCAUCAAUAGCAUGGACAGAAAAAAAAAACAGGCCUGUGUCUCAGCCAGCGCCCUUUGCUCUCCAUCACGCUGUGAGCUGCGACGUGGACCCAGGCUCUGGCGACAGUGUCAGCCUGGCCCGCUCCAUCAGCAAGGACAGCUUGGCGUCCAGUGUCAUUCAUCUGACCCCGCAGAACCAGCCCCAGCCCGCAGCCCUCAGGACGGAUGGAAAAAGCCUCCUGAACAAUGUCGAUAUUGAGGACGAGGAUGAGGAGCUCCUGGCCAUCGUUAGGACGGAUGUGGCUCACCAGGGCGCUGACCCCGGCCUGAUGGCAAGUGCCAGGUCUCCCCAGAGGCUGGCAGACGCCUUAGAAAGUCAGCCCGACAGUUUCUUCCUGGAGCCACUGAUGCCGGCCGUGCUCAGGCCAGCCAAGGAGAAGCAGGCGGUCACCAAGGAGGAUGAGUGCGGAGAGGGGCGGCCGAGGGGCUUCACGUCCAGGAGGUCCGGCGAGGGCCACCAGCCUCCUGGGCGGAAGAAGGCGCCCGGCAGUCACGUCAGUCGAGACUUAAAUAGGACUUUCACCCCGAUCUCCUGUUCAGAGCUUCCCACGGGCUUCGACCCCACGCCCACUGAGGCGGGGCCGCAGGCAGUGGGGGACGCCCGUGGCGGGCCCCUGGCCGGCGGCGCUUUCAGUCUGCCAUCUCAGGGACAGCCAGCCGACGGCUUCUUCCUUCACGCGGGCAGAGCUGACGAGGACGGGGAGGGCAGGCUGUCCACGAGCUGUGCGCAGAGCCCCAGCACCCUUGGCCCGGAGGCCUGGGCCAUCCUGAGGCAGGACUCUGACUCCGACGUCGCGGACCUGGAAGGAGCCGAGCAGGACUUCGCCGGUGAGGAGCGCCCCGCGGCGGGGGCCGGGUACGGGGGGGAGGAGGAGUCGGCGAAGCUGCAGGCGGACCUGGAAGUGAAGGAGCACGAGGACAAGGACGCCGCCAGUGGCCGCUCCAGCCCGUGUCUCAGCCAGCUCAGCAGCGUCUCCGUGGCCAGCGGGAGCGUGAAGAUGACCAGCUUUGCCGAGAGGAAGCUUCACAGGCUCAACAGCUGUGAGACCAAGUCGAGCACGAGCAGCUCCCAGAAGACCACGCCCGACACCUCGGAGAGCUGCCCGGCCCCGCUGACCACGUGGAAGCAGAGGGGCGAGCAGAGCCCGAGCUGGCAGGGCGGCGACCAGGCCAGCCUGCUGGCUUCCGAGCUGGUGCAGCUGCACAUGCAGCUGGAGGAGAAGCGCCGGGCCAUCGAGGCGCAGAAGAAGAAGGUGGAGGCGCUCUCGGCCCGGCAGCGCCUGAAGCUGGGCAAGGCGGCCUUUCUGCACGUGGUCAGGAGGGGCCGGGCCGACGCCGCCCCCCGGCCGCUGAGAGCGGGGGCCUCGGCGGGAGAGCAUUCCCAGCACAACGGGGACGACUUCGACGGUGGCGUGUCCCGCGUGGGAGACUUCCUUGGCAAGGAGGAGGGGAGGGGAGACCUCCUGGGGCCUCCCGACGUGGACGGAGAGGACCUGGCUCUGGUCCAGCAGCAUCAACGGAAGGACCCCGCCGCCCUCCCCGAGCUGGAGCGGAGCAAGGCGCUGUCGGCGGUGCUCCUGGAGGCCGUCGAGGGCGUGGACGUGGGCGUGGACGUGGGCGAGUGCGACCUGUCCAUCGAGAAGCUGAACGAGACCAUCAGCACGCUGCAGCAGGCCAUCCUCAGGAUCUCCCAGCAGCAGGAGCAGCUGCUGCUCACGUCCCCCGCGGUGCCCACGCCGGGCCCCAGGAGCAACUCCCAGGACCCCAAGGUCAAGGGGGCCGUCCACUUUGUUGAGCCGCUCUCUCCGACCGCACUGGCCGGCCACCGCAAGCCCCCCCGUCUCGGUCCGGGUCGGAAUUCCCGUUCGGGAAGACCGACUGAGCUGAAGGUGCCGAAAGAGCGGCCGCAGGGCUCCUCCCGAAGCAAGGCCCUCACACCUGGUGUCGAGGCCGCCCCUCGCUUACGGUCCAUCCCCGCCCGGACGCCCUCUGACCCGGGCUGGGACGGGGUCGCCGACCCUGGGAGUGACCCCCACGAGGAGUGCUGCUUCGCAGGUUACAGGCUCCACGAUGAGAGCAACCAGCGGACAUUUGUCUUGCCCUCCUCCAGGGAUGCCAGUGUCACCUCGGAACAGAUGAGCUUCAGGGAGGUUCUGGAAGACGGCGUGAGGGGGGCGGGGCUCGGUGCCCUCAGCGGGCCAGGAAACGGGGGCGCGCCCCUGGAUGAUGGGCCCCCGAAGAGCAAGGCUAGCCUCAUCGAGGUGGACCUCUCCGACCUGAAGGCCCCCGAUGAUGAUGGGGGGACGGAAGGCCGCCACAGCUCCGCGGACCUCGCCAGCGAGGGCGACCAGAAGCCGGGGGUCGGCUUCUUCUUCAAGGACGAACAGAAGGCGGACGACGAGCUCGCCAGGAAGCGGGCAGCCUUCCUUCUGAAGCAGCAGCGCAAGGCCGAGGAGGCCCGCAUGCGGCGGCAGCAGCUGGAGGUGGAGGUCGAGCUCAGGAGAGACGAGGCACGGCGUAAAGCGGAGGAAGAUCGGAUCCGCAAGGAGGAGGAGAAGGCGCGGCGGGAGCUCAUCAAGCAGGAGUACCUGCGGCGGAAGCAGCAGCAGAUUCUGGAGGAGCAGGGCCUGGGGAAACCCAAGUCCAGGCCCCGGAAGCCGCGGCCCAAGUCCGUGCAUCGGGAGGAGCCCAGCAGCGAUUCGGGACCCAAGAGCACCCCCCCACCGGGUGACCUGAGCCGGGCCCAGUCGGGCUCCAGCCUGUCCUUGGCCUCCGCGACGACCACAGAGCCCGAGAGUGUGCAUUCGGGGCGCACGCCUUCCCAGCGCAGAGUCGAGUCCCUGGAAGCCUUGCCCAUCCUGAGCCGCAACCCCAGCAGGAGCACCGACAGAGACUGGGAGACGGCGUCCGCCGCGUCCUCCCUUGCCUCGGUGGCCGAGUACACAGGUCCCAAGCUGUUUAAGGAGCCUAGCAGCAAAUCAAACAAACCGAUUAUUCACAAUGCUAUAUCCCAUUGCUGUCUGGCCGGAAAGGUGAAUGAACCUCACAAGAAUUCAAUAUUAGAGGAGCUGGAGAAGUGUGACGCGAAUCACUACAUCAUACUGUUUCGUGACGCUGGCUGCCAGUUCAGGGCACUUUAUUGCUACUAUCCCGACACUGAAGAAAUCUACAAACUGACUGGCACGGGGCCAAAGAGCAUCACCAAGAAGAUGAUCGACAAACUGUAUAAAUACAGCUCAGACCGAAAACAGUUCAACCUGAUCCCGGCCAAAACCAUGUCCGUCAGUGUGGACGCGCUCACCAUUCAUAACCACUUGUGGCAGCCCAAGCGGCCCUCGGUGCCAAAGAAGACGCAGACUCGGAAAUGACCCCGGUGCGGCAGGAGCCUGAGGACGCGCCGGCCGGCUCGAUAUUUAUUAUUUUCCUCCUUUUGGGUACGAAGUGUGCAAAGUCACAGACCUUUUUCAAAGAGGCUUCUAGACAACACGAGAAAACCCUCCCUUAGGUCCCAGCACACAGGACGGCAGGUGGAGCCGGAGUGAGGACUCAGCCCCGUUCCCAGCGGCUCGCGGCCGCCGUGGUCACCGCUGCGCGGAGGCUCCCAGACGAGGGGUGCGUGCCCAGGAGCUCCAGGCAGCGGAUUCCUUUUACUUGAAGUUCUCCUUCGGUAUAAAUUAAAAGUGAUUUCCUUUGCUUUCUUGCCUCUCAACUCACCCCCUUUUGCACAUGACCUGACACCCCUCUUGUUGGCCAGCUGUAAUCUCGUGAGAUUAUAGGACUGAGACUCGAUCUUGGGUCAGGGUUUUUGAAUGUCUGUAGGAAAGGAGCUCGUGUUGGGGAAAUCGUUUUCAUUUGAGAAAUUGUAUAUUUAUUGAUUGUGUCUACUGCCAACGUUUAUAUCCAAUUCUAAGAUUUCUGAAAAAAAUUCUUGUUCCUUGCUGCUCAGAAAAAGUUUACUGAAAAUACCAGUUCACUAAAAGCACUGAAAUCUGCAAAGUCUGUCUUCUGCUAAAAUAACGUUUACAAGUACGGAGGGGUUCUCGCCGACAUGCAAUCAUGAGGAUGGUGAAUGGUACUCUUGCUGGUGCUUGCCUAGUUGAAAAUAGGAAGCUGAGCCAAUUACAGCCCUCGUUCAUUACGUUUGGGAUAGUGCGCUAAUGAUUUGUUCACUUUAAUAAAGACAGAGUUUGGUAAAGUAGAA